CUUCCUGCCCGAGACCGCCGAACACACCAGGAAAGGAAAAAACUGAGCGACAAGUCACGCCCUCCUCUCGCGUUCCGGACAAGUUGUCCCCUUCUGUUUCUCGCGUCCGGAAACUUAAGAGAUCCGCCCCCCACUUUGCAUUCUUUAUUUUGGGGGGAGGAACUUUGGGCGAGCGACUGGUGUGUCGCGUGACAGCACGCCGCUUGACGUAGGAGGAAGACCGAGGCGCCAUUAGAGGGGCGGGUGGGGUGAGCGAACCCGAGAGAGCGAAGUGUGUUUCUGUUUCUCUUCCCCUCUGGUUUGCUCCGGUGUGCGCCUGUGCUGCGGCCUCGUCCCUUCCCCCCUUGGUCAGGCCUUCUUCCGCGUCCUGUGUCGGAGUUGGGGCGGGGUGCGGCUGUCGCUGAUGUGAGGCCGCGGUAGCGGCGGCGACUUCGCUGCGGAUGGCGACGGCAGCGGCGACUUCUGGCGCAGGCAGCGGCGGCACGGCCGGGAGAAACUUCUCCUUCAAGGUGGUUCUGCUCGGCGAGGGCUGCGUGGGGAAGACGUCGCUGGUCCUCCGCUACUGCGAGAACAAGUUCAAUGAUAAGCACAUCACCACCUUGCAGGCAUCUUUUCUAACAAAGAAACUUAAUAUUGGAGGAAAAAGAGUCAACCUUGCAAUAUGGGAUACAGCAGGUCAAGAAAGAUUUCAUGCACUUGGUCCCAUUUACUACAGAGACUCUAAUGGAGCUAUUUUAGUAUAUGAUAUAACAGAUGAAGACUCCUUUCAGAAGGUAAAAAACUGGGUCAAGGAAUUAAGAAAAAUGUUGGGAAAUGAAAUUUGUCUAUGCAUAGUUGGUAAUAAAAUAGAUUUGGACAAAGAAAGACAUGUCUCUGUUCAAGAAGCAGAAAUGUAUGCAGAAUCAGUAGGAGCAAAACAUUAUCACACAUCAGCCAAACAGAACAAAGGAAUAGAAGAACUCUUUCUUGACCUCUGUAAAAGAAUGAUUGAAACCGCACAGGUUGAUGAGAGAGCACGAGGCAACGGAUCCAGUCAAUCAGGACCUACAAGGCGGGGAGUACAGAUUAUUGAUGAUGAGCCACCAGUUCAGAGCAGUGGAGGUUGCUGCUCAUCUGGAUAAUUGUAUAAGACUGUGCACUAUGCCCCCUAGUGAAGACUGCCAUACAUAAGUCUCAUUCUUUAUCAGUGGAGAGUCAGAAUUAACAGUAUUUAAAAUCAUUUGUAACAAUUCAGAAAACCAUUAAGUGCUAAACUAGUGGAGUAUGUGAACAGAAAAUUGGCAUUUUCUACAGUAGUUAACAAAACAAACCAAUGGCCUUUUUACAUGUUUCUUUAAUAAUGAAUAAUACUGCAUGUGGGAGAGACUGGCUUCAUUUAUAUUUUAAAAGAGAUCAUUAUUUAAUAACUUAUGUACACUAUUGGAAUGAGACAUCUUUUGCAGCCCUUUGUAUUUUGUGGUAGAUUGAACUGUAUCAUUUCAAAAUUGCAAAUUCUUUUUAAUUAGCAGAUAUCCACAUACUAUUUUUGCAGGGUUGACAUCAACCUAUAACUGUCUGACUACUUCGAUAUACUCAUCCUGUACUCCAUGCUGGUAAAAUAAAUUGUAAAUUACAUAUUAAAUAUUUUAUCUGCUUUUACAAGUGCAGGUGCAGAAAUA